GGGUUUACUGGUGAUGGUGUAUCAUGCACAGAUAUUGAUGAAUGUGCAUUGGGUACACACAACUGCCAUGCAAAUGCUAAUUGUACCAACACAAUUGGAAGUUUUACAUGUUUCUGCAAAACUGGGUUUACUGGUGAUGGUGUAUCAUGCACAGAUAUUGAUGAAUGUGCAUUGGGUACACACAACUGCCAUGCAAAUGCUAAUUGUGCCAACACAAUUGGAAGUUUUACAUGUGCCUGCAAAACUGGGUUUACUGGCAAUGGUUUAACUUGUUCCCCUUUACUUAACUGUACACUGGACCCUUCUAGUUGUGUCAAGUUUUGUCCCGAACUUCUCCUUAAUUCUACUGCGGAUAUCCUGAGCUUCCCGAGGACUCCAAUUGGUUUGGUGGCUUACUCAUUGACGACAUGCAAUGAUGGAAAACCAAUUGCAUCCAUACAUUGCCCAGAUUCCAUGAUAUUUGAUAUUGAAACUUUAGUGAAGGUUCCGUGCAAUCUUACUCUUACCAACUUUACUUCUGAAAUUUCAUCCAAAAAUAUUACGUCGGAAAACUUGCCGCAAAUAACUGGAGUCCUGCAGGUCCUCACAUCAACUGCUAUCACUUAUAACGAAAGUCUUUCAGCUGUGGAAGUUCUCGAAGCAAUCAGUAACACUACAAAUGAUGUGAAGGUUAAUCAGCUUACGUUUGAGCAAAUUUUAUCAAGUACAAGUAACAUAGCAGAAGGAUGGGGUCAGUUGGAUUUAAAAACAACACCACGACUUGUACAGAACAAAGUUUCCAUGGAAAAAACCUUAAACAAACUUCUGGAUCGAGUGGUGGUUUGUGAAAAUUGUUCCACUGUUAAUUUCACUUCACCAAAUAUCAAUAUUCAGAUUCAAAUCUAUGAACCACUGAAGGGAAUCAGCAGGAGAACGGGUGAACGAGAUUUUGUUUUCUCUCCUUUAAUUUACCAGUCAAACACCAGCAACAGCUCCACCCAAUGGACACAAUCCAACCCCAUCAAUGUUGUUGUUGGCGAGAAGAUUCUCGACCAAAUCAUUACUAAUUCAAGUCUUCGUUUGGAUUUUUUAUAUUAUUCAAAUUAUCCUCUCUUUCCUUCCGAUGACAAUAUUACAAAGGUGGUGACAGUGAAACACACAGGAAACAAAAGUACAAAUUUAAAUUUUCCGAUUAUCACUGAACAUACUGAUUUUAAACAUUUUGAAGAAAACGAGAAGAUAGAGGGCACCCUAAAAGAUGAGCGUCGGCAACUUACUUGUGUAACUUGGGACAACGAAAAGUGGGUUUGGUCAAAACCUGGAUGUCAGCUACGUUAUAUAAACAACGUCCCAACCUGUUACUGCCAUCGGUUCGCUGACUUUGGGCUUUUAUUCAGUAGCAAGGUAGUUCCAUCUCAAGUCUAUUUAUCGAUAUUCAGCAAAAUUGGAUGUGCUGUGUCUAUAAUAGGCUGUGUUGGGACAAUCAUGAUUUAUACUGCUGUGAAGCAAUUGCGAAAUAAGAAGCCAACGCCUUACCUUGUUAAUCUUUGUAUUUCUCUGCUUGUCGGAUACACUGUGUUUCUGUUUGGCAUCCCCAUGACAGACAAUCGUUCCGUUUGUCAUUUUAUCACAGCACUUAUGCAGUUUGCUUUCCUGUCCUCAUGGGGCUGGAUGACGUUAUAUUCAAUAGUUGUGUUCAAAGCAAUCGGAAGGGCAUUUGGGAAGGUUUUGGAAGCGAAUGUGAAAACCACUGUGGCCGUGUACUCUCUAGCUCUCCUAGUGGUCAUUGUGAACGCAUGCAGUACCUUAUUAGGAGUGGACGCCAAACUUGAUCAGGAUGAUAUUUCUUUUGAAUCUUCAUAUCGACUUGGAAAUAUGUGUUGGCUCCGGAAUUAUUCACUUUAUUUUGGUUUCCUUGUUCCUGUUGGGAUAAUGCUGAUUAUAAACAUGUUUUGCUUUAUUGCUGUCGUACGAGUUCUCACGUGCAAAUCUAAGCAGAUUCGUUCAACAGCGAAACAGAUGGACGUUGCCGAUCUUUUCUUCAGAGCUGUCACCAUGGCAACAACAAUGGGGUUAACAUGGACGUUCGGUUACUUGAUGUUGAUUGCUGAUAAUGUCGCAUACCAAGAAAUUAUUGCUUGGAUUUUCACCAUCUUUAACUCAACGCAGGGCCUUGGAAUAUUUCUGGUGAACUGCCUGCGAAUAAAAUCUGUUCGUGAUCUUUGGGUGAAACCGAUUCUAGAGCGAACGAAGCCAUCAACCUCAGCUUUUUAUUCUGUUUCUACAGCAUCUGCAAACAUGAAUAUGGACUCAAGUAGAAUAUAAUGUUGGUUUCUAUGCAACAUUGUUACAGUGCUCCGGUGUUGCAAGUUUUUUGCCUUUUCUCCUGCCAUACUUGCUAGCUUUGGAACAUUCACAAGAUUACAUACGUGGUAACUCGUAAGCAGGCACGAGGUGUAUGAAACAACAUCCGUGUUAUAACAACUGUCGUUUCCCCGUGAUGCGAGGAUAAAUAUGUUACAUAUGUGGUAACUUGUAAGCAAGCACGAGGUGUAUGAAACAGAACACCCGUGUUAUAACGACUGUCAAUGCCCCGCCAUGCGAGGAUAAAUAUGUUACAUUCAUUCAAUGUGAGCAAGGCUGUGUAAAAGUGCAUGACCACCUACAGUAUCGGAUCAAUUGAUAAUCAGAAUAUAAUCUGAUGAUAACACUUACUGGCAUCCUUGCAAUGGAUUGUGUGUGUGUAUGAUGUCAGCCAUAUUGGCAUAAAGUCAAAAGGAACAACAUGCUAGGAAGUAACAUACAUGGUAACUUGUAGCUGGCUUGUGUAUGCAAUAUAAUGCCAAUUUUAUAUUUUUCUUUGUAGUAAUUUUAGUUCAUUAACUGUUUAUUAAUAUCAUGUACAGUAGGGUGGGGGAAUCUUUAACACAUAAUAUCCAAAUAACCUGAUCGUGUUUUAAACAAUUAACAACGGUCUAUGGGAGUCGUGAGGACGAGAAAAUAGAAUGUAAAGGUGUCCCAUCUUCCCCCACCCUACUAUGUAUUUUGUAAACCCAAAACCUAUCUCAAAAAUAAUUUAACAUGUAUUACCUUUUUCUUUUGUUCUUUUAUAUCCUCACACUCAGUGCUACAGUAUUUAUUGUAAAUUUGGUCGUAUUUUUUUAUCGCCCGUUUUUGCUGUGCAAACGCGCUUUUAUCAGCGCAGACACACUUUUUGUUCGCCAUGGGUUCAUAUUUUUUUUUGAAAAUUUAAAUGGAAUAUUGUAGUUUCCUUUAUACCCGAAUAUUUAUCUUAAUACCCCAUAUGUUGGUGUGUCAGGAAAAGUGGAAGUUAUUAUAACAGGAUUUGUUCGCCAUACAUUCUAAACUAUGUUUUUUUGAAUAUUUAAAUGGAAUAUUGUACUUUGUUAUGCGAUAAAUGGAAAGAAUUUUGU